CACGGACUGCUGGUCUGGGUUUCGUGGUAGUCUGCAAAAAAUGCCUUGGCUCAGUAAGUGGUCGUAUCCACUUCCCGAGGAAGAUCUCCUCACAUGGACGUUCGAUCAUUGCAAUUACGACAAGAACACGCCAAUUUACAUCGACCUCGAAAACCCCUCUCGCACGCUAUCAUGGACACAAAGCCGGACCGUCGUCCGACAGCUUAUCGCAGGCUUCCAUGCAGCCGGUCUUAGACCAGGCGACUGCGUGAUGAUAGCUUCAUUCAACGACAUAAUGUACUGCAUGCUCUUUCUGGCUCUCAUAGGCGCAGGCGGAAUAUUCACUGGCUCAAAUCCAGCUUACACGCAGUAUGAAAUUGCCCAUCACGCCAAGACCGCGAAAGUGAAGUACAUCUUGGUCGAGCCCGAACUACUUCCUCAGAUUUUGAAGGGUAGCGAGAACUUGGUCGACAGGAAGGAUAUAUUCAUCUUCAAUAUUCGUGGUCAAGCUUGUCCGGAAGGCUUCAGGUCGUGGGAAUGGCUUCUCGAACAUGGCGAGACAGACUGGAUCCGAUUCAAUGGCAAGGAUCAAUGCAGAAGAACCGCCAUGGCUCGCCUUACAACUUCAGGAACGACUGGACCUCCGAAGAUGGCUGUGCAGAGCCAUUACAAUGCUACAUCGUGGUUCACGAUGGCUUCUGAGAUUUCCGUCCCACCUUGGCAGAUUCGCAACUUGUUUCCACUGCCACUGUUCCAUGUGGCGACAGUGCCAGCAGUACACUGUGGUCCGCUGAGGAGAGGGAAUAUAGCGUACAUCAUGAGGCGCUUUGAGCUUGAAUCGUUCUUGGCUGCUGUGGAGAAGCAUAAGAUUUCUUUACUAGGUAUGGUGCCCCCGCUUGUGAUUGCGAUCAUCAACAGUCCGCUUCGUCACAAGUACUCUUUGAGAAGCGUGCGGAGAAUAGGUUGUGGUGCAGCACCUCUGGAUAAGGAUUCUGGUGAAAAGUUGAAAGACCUUUGCGCGCCAGGUUGUACUUUCACGCAAGUGCUGGGAUCCACGGAGACAACUGGGGUGUUCACGCUCUUCUAUUAUCCUGAUGAGGAUGAUACAGGUAGCGUUGGAAAUACUUGGUUUCCGAACUCGGACGUAAAGCUGAUUGACGACGAUGGGAAUGACGUGACCGAUUACGACGUGCAAGGUGAGCUCUGCGUGCGAGGACCGAGCAUCAUCGAUGGCUACUUCGAGAAUCAAAAGGCGAACGAAGAUUCCUGGGAUGAGGAUGGCUUCUACAAAACUGGCGACAUCGUGUACUGCGAUGGCAAGACCAAGAAGUGGUACAUUGUAGACCGAAAGAAGGAAUUGAUCAAAGUACGUGGCUUUCAGGUAGCACCGCCAGAAGUGGAAGGAGUUCUUUUGAGCCAUCCAGAUAUCAUUGACGUUGCCGUGAUUGGCUUGCCUGCGCCUGCGAACUCCGAUGCCGAACGACCGCGAGCAUAUGUUGUACGAGCACCUGGAUCCCAAAUCACGGAAGACGAUGUCCACAAGCUUGUCGCAGAGCGCCUUGCCGCGUACAAGAAGCUCACUGGCGGCGUCAAAUUUGUACAAGAGGUGCCCAAGAGCGCCAGCGGUAAAAUUUUGAAGCGUGUUCUACGUGAAGAAGCGCAGAAGGAGCUGGCUUCUGGGGCUGGGUGGAUGCGUCCAAAAUUAUGAUUCGCCUUCGACCGUAUUUGUCAGCUCUGGCGGCGAGGUAGACUCCUAAAACAGGCUGUGACUGAGGUCACCGUCGGAUCGUGAAUUGCGUUGCUGGAACUACCAGCUAGAUAUCGUGUUCUCAUCUAGCCACUAGGCUGACUGGCUGUUCAUGGCUAUCAUUCUUUGUG